AUGCCCACCAUCACCACUGGCUUCCAACAAAACCCCCCAUUGUCAUCUUGCCUUGCCCACGCUUCUUCUACUUGUCUGUGUCGCGCUGUCCGCCAGCCUGCACACACAAACCUCAGCUGUAACACUACCCAAACCUGGAAAAGAAAGACUAAAUCCACACCCUCUAUAUUCCGUAAAACCACCUACUGUUGCGCUGCAUUGCGCUGCUGCCGUGGUCCAUCGCCCUGGCUACCAGAGAGCUGCGGAAGGAGUGCUGUGACGCAAAGAAGCCGUGAGCCGUCAAACACAAUGCGGACAAUCAGGUCCAUCUCGAUUCCAGAUCGGCUCUCGGUCGGCAUUGUGCGUCCGCGUUUGCGCGUUUCUUUUCGGACAUCGGGCAGACAGCCACAGGGGGCGUAUGCCCGAAUUCACAAUUCGGUCACGUGCUGGCCGUACAAAGGAAGCACAGGCGGGCUGGAAAGAGAUCUGUUACCCGGCUAUGCACGCUCCGCCCCAGAUAAGUAG